UUCACAUAAGAGAUGGAGGCUGAUAACAACACUGCUGUAACAGAGCUAAUUAUUUUGGGACUAACAGAAGACCCUACACUGUGUAUAGUCUUUUUUUGUGUAUUUCUAGGCAUAUACAUUGUCACCUUAGCAGGCAAUCUUGGCAUCAUCACACUGAUAAGAAUUUCUCCCCAGUUGCACACACUCAUGUACCUAUUUCUCAGGCACCUGGCUUUUGUAGACAUUUUAUAUUCAACCUCAGUCUCAGUUAUAAUGCUUAUGGAACUCCUUGGGCAUGGGCUGGCUUUACCUGUGGCUGCCUGUGAGGCCCAACUCUGUAUUACAGUGUCAUUUGGGUCAGCUGAGUGCUUCCUACUGGCUGCCAUGGUUUAUGAUCGCUACAUAGCCAUCUGUUCACCCCUCCUCUACUCGACACUCAUGUUCUCCAGAGUCUGUUUUCUAUUAUUGGCAGCUUCCUAUGUUGGUGGCUGCAUGAAUGGUUGGUCAUUUACUGGUUGUUUGUUAAAUCUGUCCUUCUGUGGACCAAAUCAGAUAGACCGCUUUUUCUGUGACUUCUCUCCUUUGCUGAAACUGUCCUGCUCAGAUGUCUCCAUUAUUGACAUCAUCCCCUCUUUCUCUUCUGGCGCCAUUAUUUUGGUGACAGUGCUUGUUAUAGCUGUCUCCUACAUCUAUAUUCUUAUCACCAUCCUGAAGAUGCGCUCCACUGAGGGCCGCCAUAAGGCCUUCUCCACCUGCACCUCUCAUCUCAUUGUGGUCACGCUCUACUAUGGGACCAUCACAUUCAUUUAUGUGAUGCCCAAGUCGAACUAUUCUACUGAACAGAACAAGGUGCUGUCUGUAUUCUAUACAGUGGUGAUCCCUAUGCUGAAUCUCCUCAUCUAUAGUCUGAGGAACAGAGAUGUAAAGGAUGCUCUGAGAAAGGCAUCUGUCAGAUUAUAUUCAUAG